AAAUAACAAAUUAUUCGGGUGUUGCGCAUAGCAAGGAGUAACUGUCAUUCUUUGUUUGUGUGAAUAUAUCAAUCAGUCAGUUGUGUGCGUGCAAAAGAACUCGCUUGUCGUGUUGCAGUGCGUGUGCCUUCUACAAUUGACUUUCAUCGCCUCGGCCAGGAGCGGAGGCGACAGCAGAGCAGGCCGGAAAGACAGCCCCGCGACACGGCAGGCGGCGGCCGACAGCGCGGCGAGUGCGCGGGAGGCAGCACCGGCAACAAGACGGACAGCGCGCGGCAGCCGGGGCCCGCGCCGCGCGCCUCGGGGAGGACGGCCGUCCCCCCGCAAAGGCGACGCUGGGUCCCGCCCUCCUCUCUGCGCCAUCACGAGGUGCCCGACGGAGAUGCCAAACACGACGUCAUAUUCCGCAAGGUCCGCGGCAUCCUCAACAAACUCACUCCGGAGAAGUUCCAGAAGCUGAGCGAUGACCUCCUCGGCCUGGAACUCGACUCGGAUAAGGUGCUCAAGGGCGUAAUCCUUCUCAUAUUCGAGAAGGCCCUCGACGAGCCGAAAUACUCGUCGAUGUACGCUCAGCUAUGCAAGCGGCUGAGCGAAGAAGCGCCUAAUUUCGAGCCGCCCGGGCAGCCUUGCACCUUCAAGUUACUUCUUCUUAACAAAUGUCGCACCGAGUUCGAGAACCGAGCGCAGGCGUUCGCUGCGUUCGAGGACAAGGUGCUGUCUCCCGACGAGGAGGAGAAGCGACAUCUUGCCAAAUGCAAGAUGUUAGGUAAUAUAAAGUUCAUCGGUGAGCUCGGCAAGCUGGAGAUCUUGGCCGAGUCGAUCCUGCACCGGUGCAUCCAGAACCUGCUGGCGCGGCGCGCGGCCGCCGAGCACCACGAGGACCUGGAGUGCCUGGCGCAGCUGGUGCGCACGUGCGGCCGCGUGCUGGACUCGGAGCGCGGCCGCGGCCUCAUGGACCAGUACUUCGCGCGCAUCGACACGCUGUCCGCGUCCAAGGAGCUAGCGCCGCGCAUCCGCUUCAUGCUGCGGGACGUGGUGGAGCUGCGGCGCGGCGGCUGGGUGCCGCGCGCGGCCGUGUCGGCCGAGGGCCCCGUGCCCAUCCACCAGCUGCGCGGCGACGACGAGCCGCACGCGCGCCGCGACCGCGACCGCGACCAGCGCGACCGCGAGCCGCUGUUCCGCCGCUCGCGCCCGCUCGACGACAUGCUGGCCGGCCUCAGCCUGCAGCCGGCCGCCUCCUUCGUCGCGCCCGCCGACAAGCUUUUCGGCAACGGCUUCGGCGCCGCGCGCGACCAGUACCGCCAGCGGUCUGCGCCCGGCUACUUCCCGCGCCAGGCGGCCGGCCUGCACUACGGCAAGCAGCAGGGCUCGGCGCAGGGCAAGGAGGGCGGCGGCGGUGGCGGCGGCGGCGGCGGCGGCCGCGCCACUAAGUCGCGCGUGUACGCGGUGGGCGCGGCGGCGCUGCAGGACGUGCAGAUGCGGCCGGCCGCCAACUCGCUCAUGUUCACGGCCAACCGCCUGUCGCGCCCGCCGCCGCCGCUCAACACCGUGCAGCAGAAUGUUCUGACACCGGCAUUCGCGAGCACGCCGUCGUUGCUGAAGGAGACCGCUAUCACUAUUAAACCCGCACCGGAUAAAAAGGACAAACCCAAAAAAGAUAAGGGCGUCAACAAGGACGAGGCGUGCCGGCUGGCCGUGGAGGCGGUGCGCGCGCUGGCCGCCGCCGCGCCCACGCUGCCCGCCGCCGCCGAGGACGACGACGAGGUGGCGCGGCCGCACGUGCAGCGGCUGCAGCAGCUGCAGCUGCCCGACAAGGUGCUGCGGCGCGCCAUCAGCGCGGCGCUGGAGCACGCGCUGCUGGCGGGCGAGGAGGACGGCGAGGAGGGCGGCGAGGGCGGCGAGGACGGGCGCUGCUGGGCGGCGUGCUGCGUGGCGCGCGGCGUGAAGCGCGCGCCGCUGGGCGACACGCUGCGCGCGCUGCUGCUGGCCGCGCCGCAGCAGCCGCGCCUGGCCGCGCUGCUGGCGCACGCCGUGCGGCAGCGGCUCGUGGCGCUGGCGGACGUGGGCGCGUGGUGCGAGGGCGGGCAGCACCACCCGCUGCUGCUGCGCGUGCUGCAGGAGCUGCGCGCGCUGCUGGGCGAGGAGCGGCUGCGGCGCGUGUACGACGAGAGCAAGAUCAACCUGUGCGCGUACGUGGAGGCGGGCGAGGCGGGCGAGGCGGGCGAGGCGGGCGAGGCGCUGGCGGCGCUGGAGGCGCGCGGGCUGGCGGCGCUGGUGCCGCAGCUGCGGCUGCAGGCCACGCUGGCGCGCCAGCUGGCCGCCGAGCCCGCGCCGCACGCGCUCUACCGCUGGAUCAAGGCGAACGUGGAGCCGGCGGUGCGGCAGAACGCGGCGUUCGUGUCGACGCUGGUGGCGCUGGUGGCGGGCCACGUGACGGCGGAGGCGGGCGCGGGCGCGGGCGGCGGCGCGGACGGCGCGGCCGGCGCGGGCGGCGCGGCCGGCGCCGACAAGGCGGCGCUCGAGCGCGAGAAGGCGCUGCUCGAGACGUACGCGCCGCUGCUGACGGCGCUGCUGGGCGGCCGGCCCGACCUGCAGCUGGCCGCCGUGUACGCCGUGCAGGUGCACGCGCACCACCAUCGCUACCCGAAAGGCAUGCUCCUGCGCUGGUUCAUGUACCUGUACAACCUGGAAGUGUGCGAGGAGGAGGCGUUCCUGCGCUGGCGCGAGGACGUGACCGACGCCUACCCAGGCAAGGGGGAGGCUCUCUUCCAGGUGAACACUUGGCUGACAUGGCUGCAGCAGCAGGAAUCCGAAGACGAGGAAGCGGAGGACUAGCCGCCGUGAACGUGCACCCCUCGUCUCCCACGGACGGCCGCCGAUGGGCCGCCCUGCUUUUAUUUUGCGCUCAUCUCAUUAUAUAAAUAUAAUUAAGCCAAAUAGUUAAAAAAUACCUACCUUCACCGUUUAACUCUAGACCCGCGAGCGUCGCGCCAGAGGCUCCAGGGUUAAACAGGUCAAUUUUUAGGUUAUACUACGUAAACGAAUAUUAGUAUCUCGAGAUAAUUUUUUGUAGGCCUUUUACUCGAUUUUGAUACUUUUACAAAUGUAUACAAUGUAUAGUGUUCGUUUGGACGUAUGAUUGCACUCCGAUCUGCCCCUACCUACAGAGAGCGUGUUUUAGUUAAAAUUGUAACAUAUAUAUAUAUAUAUAUAUACAUGAUAUAUAUACGAACUUAAAUCAAUUUUUUAUUAAUAUCAUGAUCAUUUAUUUUCAAUGCUAAAUGGACUUAGUGAUAAACUGUAAGAAUGCUUCGAUUUCAUUAUAUUAUCAAACUCUAGAAUUUUGUAACUAGAUAAAUAAAAAACUAAAAAAAAAAUAUGGUUUCCUCGGGCGUAAGAAAUGUAUGUUGAGUGAGUUGUAAUAAAGUUGUGAAGUGAUGCCACUUAAUUAAGCAACAAUGAUCAAUAUGUAUUCAGGAGGAAUAAAGUUCAGUGUAAUUUAUUACAAAA